AUGGUGUCGGCGAAGACGCGCCCUUGUGACUUCACAGGGGACCGCCACUCACGCGGAGCCAAUCGGAACUCGCGGCGGGCUGACAGUUCUGUGUCCCCAGGCUUCGGCCCGGCCGCCGCCGUACAUAAACUGCGAGGAGGAGCUUUACGACUUCCCGGUCUUCGGGGCCGGGCGCAGCAAGGGCCAGACUCUGCGCUAGCAGGCGCUGCGCGCCAACCGGCCGGCCCCUGUCGCAGAAGGUGCAACCGAUCGCACUGUCGCGCAGAAGCUCCUCAAUGGCCAGCGCCAGCUGCAGCCCCGGCCGCCCACUCGCCUCACCUGAGCCUGGGCGAAUCUGGACUGGGAAAGUUGACAUUAAUCAACUCAUUAUUCCUCACAGAUUUGUAUUCUCCAGAGUAUCCAGGUCCUUCUCAGAGAAUUAAAAAGACUGUACAGGUGGAACAAUCCAAAGUUUUAAUCAAAGAAGGUGGUGUUCAGUUGCUGCUUACAAUAGUUGAUACCCCAGGAUUUGGAGAUGCAGUGGAUAAUAGUAAUUGCUGGCAGCCUGUUAUCAGUUACAUUGAUAGUAAAUUUGAGGACUACCUAAAUGCAGAAUCGCGAGUGAACAGAUGUCAGAUGCCUGGUAACAGGGUGCAGUGUUGUUUAUACUUCAUUGCUCCUUCAGGACAUGGACUUAAACCAUUGGAUAUUGAGUUUACAAAGCAUUUGCAUGAAAAAGUGAAUAUCAUCCCACUUAUUGCCAAAGCAGACACACUCAUGCCAGAGGAAUGCCAACAGUUUAAAAAACAGAUAAAGAAAUCCAAGAACAUAAAGUUAAAAUACAUGAAUUUCCAGAAACAGAUGAUGAAGAAGAAAAAAAACUUGUUAAAAAGAUAAAGGACCAUUUACCUCUUGCUGUGGUGGGUAGUAAUACUAUCAUUGAAGUUAAUGGCAAAAGGGUCAUAGGAAGGCAGUAUCCUUGGAGUGUUGCUGAAGUUGAAAAUGGUGAACAUUGUGAUUUUACAGUUCUAAGAAAUAUGUUGAUAAGAACACACGCAGGACUUGAAAGAUGUUACUAAUAAUGUCCACUACGAGAACUAUGGAAUCAGAAAACUGGCAGCUGUGACUUAUCAUGGAGUUGAUAACAAGAAGAAUAAAGGGCAGCUCACUAAUAGAGACGGUGUUUCACCAUGUUAGCCAGGAUGGUCUUGAUCUCCUGACCUCGUGAUCCACCCACCUCGGCCUCCCAAAGUGCUGGGAUUACAGGCAUGAGCCACCACGCCCGGCCAAGUGGAAUGAAUUUUCAAGAGCAUUGAAGUUACCGAGCCCUCUGGCACAAAUGGAAGAAGAAAGAAGGGAGCAAGUAGCUAAAAUUAAGAAGAUGGAGAUGGAGAUGGAGCAGGUGUUUGAGAUGAAGGUCAAAGAAAAAGUUCAAAAACUGAAGGACUCUGAAGCUGAGGCCUUCGGGAAGUGUCGAGUCCGGGACGCCCAGCGCGGGCCGGAGCAGGGGGAAGGGAAGCGCAGCUCGGUCCGCGUGGGUGGAGGGGACGUGAAGCCGCCCUGAGGUGAUGGUCGAGGAAGGGCUCUACGGCUCCCAAGCUAGGCCAAAUGCCUCCGGCGGCCGCGCCCGGGCGCCCCUUCCCCUGUGGGGCAACCCUAGCCGGGGACGCGUGAACCACCUCCGUAGCUGCCCCACCAGCACCCCCAGCCAUGCGCCCCUGCACCAUGCAGCUGCCCUGCGCAUGGAGCCGCGAGGGACAGCAGGCCCAGCCCUCAGCACCACCUGCCUGCCAGGAGGUUCGGGAAACUGGCGCCGCAGCGGAGAGGGCAUUGGUCCAACGCCUCCCCCGGGGCUCAGCUGCGGACCCCCAGGCAUAGGCACCCAUGACCCUUCUGUGUUGUUUGUCUUUGUAUAGUCUGCAGAUGUGGAUCCUGACUCCUGAGAGAAGUAGCUCACCGUGAGGAAGCUGCCUUUGCUUUUAUCGAUUUGCAAAUCAAAGAAGGGGGACAUAUUGGGAGAAGGCCCCCCAAAAUCUGGCCAUAAACUGGCCACAAAACUGGCCAUAAAAUCUCUGCAGCACUGUGACAUGCUCAUGAUGGCCAUAACGCCCACGCUGGAAGGUUUUGGGUUUACCGGAAUGAAGGCAAGGAACACCUGGCCUGCCCAGGGCAGAAAACCACUUGAAGGCAUUCUUAAACCACAAACAGUAGCAUGAGCGAUCUGUGCCUUAAGGGCAUGUUCCUGCUGCAGAUAACUAGCCAGACCCACCCCUUUAUUUCAGGCCAUCCCUUCAUUUCCCAUAAGGGAUACUUUUAGUUAAUUGAAUAUCUAUAGAAACAAUGCUAAUGACUGGUUUGCUGUUAAUAAAUACGUGGGUAAAUCUCUGUUCGGGGCUCUCAGCUCUGAAGGCUGUGAGACCCCUGAUUUCCCACUUUACACCUCU